CCCCUCUCAUGCUUGGUUUUGGCUGCAGCAUUCAGCACUGGUGGGUCGAUGAGAGCUGCAGACUGGCUGUGCAGGGUGAGCUGACCUUCUCCUGCAGUGAUGACAUGCAUGCAUUGCCUGAGGGCUGAUGCUGCAACCAGUUUCUUGAGAGCUGCAAGAUCUGGGAACCUGGACAAAGCCUUGGAUCACCUCAGGAAUGGGGUAGAUAUUAACACCUGUAACCAGAAUGGGCUGAACGCCCUGCACCUGGCCUCCAAGGAGGGCCACGUCAAAAUGGUGGUGGAGCUGCUGCACAAGGAGAUCGUCCUGGAGACAACGACCAAGAAGGGAAACACAGCCCUGCACAUUGCUGCCUUGGCUGGACAGCAGGACGUGGUCCGGGAGCUGGUGAACUAUGGGGCCAACGUCAAUGCCCAGUCCCAGAAAGGCUUCACACCUCUCUACAUGGCAGCGCAGGAGAACCACCUGGAAGUUGUGAAGUUCUUGCUGGAAAAUGGAGCCAACCAGAAUGUAGCCACAGAGGAUGGCUUCACUCCACUGGCCGUGGCUCUCCAACAAGGACAUGAGAACGUGGUUGCCCACCUUAUCAACUACGGGACGAAGGGCAAGGUGCGCCUGCCCGCCCUGCACAUCGCAGCCCGCAACGACGACACCCGCACGGCUGCUGUGCUGCUGCAGAACGACCCCAACGCUGAUGUCCUCUCCAAGACUGGAUUCACCCCUUUGCACAUUGCAGCCCACUAUGAGAAUCUCAGCGUGGCCCAGCUGCUGCUGAACCGUGGAGCCAGUGUCAACUUCACACCCCAGAAUGGGAUCACUCCCCUGCACAUCGCUUCCCGCCGGGGCAACAUCAUCAUGGUGCGGCUGCUGCUGGACCGUGGGGCCCAGAUCGAGACAAGGACCAAGGAUGAGCUGACCCCUCUCCACUGUGCAGCACGCAACGGACACGUGAGAAUUGCAGAGAUCCUCCUGGACCACGGGGCUCCCAUUCAAGCCAAAACCAAGAAUGGCCUGUCGCCCAUCCACAUGGCAGCCCAGGGUGACCACCUGGACUGCGUGCGCCUGCUGCUGCAGUACAGCGCCGACAUCGACGACAUCACCCUGGAUCACCUCACGCCGCUGCACGUGGCCGCUCACUGUGGGCACCACCGCGUGGCCAAGCUGCUGCUGGAGAAGGGGGCCAAGCCCAACUCCCGAGCCCUGAAUGGCUUCACGCCCCUCCAUAUUGCCUGCAAGAAAAACCACAUCCGAGUGAUGGAGCUGCUGCUGAAGACGGGUGCCUCCAUUGAUGCCGUCACAGAGUCUGGCCUGACCCCCCUGCAUGUGGCUGCCUUCAUGGGUCACCUGCCCAUCGUCAAGACUCUGCUGCAGCGUGGAGCCUCUCCUAAUGUGUCCAACGUGAAAGUGGAGACUCCUCUACACAUGGCAGCCAGAGCUGGGCACACAGAUGUGGCAAAGUACCUGCUGCAGAACAAAGCCAAAGCCAAUGCCAAGGCCAAGGAUGACCAGACUCCUCUGCACUGUGCUGCACGCAUCGGCCACACUGGCAUGGUCAAACUCCUCCUGGAGAACAACGCCAACCCCAACCUGGCCACCACAGCAGGGCACACGCCCCUGCACAUCACUGCCAGAGAGGGGCACAUGGACACAGCCCUGGCCCUGCUGGAGAAGGGAGCCUCCCAGACCUGCAUGACCAAGAAAGGAUUUACCCCUCUCCACGUUGCAGCCAAGUAUGGAAAGGUGGAUGUGGCUGAGUUGCUGCUGGCGCACAACGCUCAGCCCAAUGCAGCAGGGAAGAAUGGCCUGACUCCACUGCAUGUGGCUGUGCACCACAACAACCUGGAGAUUGUCAGGCUGCUACUUCCCAAGGGCAGCUCCCCACACAACUCAGCCUGGAAUGGGUACACGCCCCUGCACAUCGCUGCCAAGCAGAACCAGAUGGAAGUGGCCAGCAGCCUGCUGCAGUAUGGGGCCUCUGCAAACGCUGAGUCCAUGCAGGGAGUCACUCCCUUGCACCUGGCUGCCCAGGAGGGCCACGCCGACAUGGUGGCUCUGCUUUUCUCCAAACAAGCCAACGGCAACCUAGGCAACAAGAGUGGCCUGACUCCUCUCCAUCUCGUGGCCCAAGAGGGGCAUGUGCUGGUUGCUGAUGUCCUGGUGAAACAUGGAGUCACAGUGGAUGCAGUGACCAGGAUGGGCUACACCCCACUGCACGUGGCCAGCCAUUAUGGGAACAUCAAGCUGGUGAAGUUUUUGCUGCAGCACCAAGCAGAUGUCAAUGCCAAGACUAAGCUGGGCUACACCCCCCUGCACCAGGCAGCGCAGCAGGGCCACACGGACGUGGUGACGCUGCUGCUGAAGCACGGCGCGUCCCCCAACGAGAUCAGCACAAAUGGCACCACUCCCUUGGCCAUCGCGAAGCGCCUCGGCUACAUCUCUGUCACCGACGUGCUCAAGAUUGUCACGGAGGAAACCGACAUCCCGUCCAUUGGCGACAAGCACCGCAUGAGCUUCCCAGAGACUGUAGACGAGAUUCUGGAUGUGUCAGAGGAUGAAGGCACUGCUCAUGUCACAGUAAUGGAGGAAGAGCUGGUUGCACCAAAGCCCAAGACACCUGAUCUCAGAGAGCAGGAAGGCAAAAGAGAGCUACUGGAGUUCAUGGCCACAACGACACUGGAGCAAACGGUGGAGUCUCCAGCUGUCCUGCAGGUCCCCUGUGUCCCACCUGAAACUGUGGUGACCAGAGCUGAGGAGACUGAGCAGGUAGGACCUGUGGAGACAGAAGCUGAGCAAGUCAGCCUGCUGCAUGCACCCUCGGUGUCCCCACAGGAGCCCUCCAAAGAGUUCGAUGAGGACUCUCUGAUCCCCAGCAGCCCAGCCACGGAGACCUCAGAUAACAUCAGCCCUGUGGCCAGCCCCGUGCACACAGGGUUCCUGGUGAGCUUCAUGGUGGAUGCUCGUGGUGGCUCCAUGCGGGGCAGCCGGCACCAUGGGCUGCGCGUGGUCAUCCCGCCCCGCGCCUGCGCUGCGCCCACCCGCAUCACCUGCCGCCUGGUGAAGCCCCAAAAGCUGCCUGCACCCCCUCCCCUGGCUGAGGAGGAGGGUCUGGGCAGUCGGAUCAUUGCUCUGGGGCCUGCUGGUGCCCAGUUCCUCAGCCCUGUCAUCGUGGAGAUCCCACACUUUGCCUCCUAUGGGCGUGGGGACCGUGAGCUGGUGGUGCUGCGCAGCGAGAACGGCUCCGUGUGGAAGGAGCACCGCAACCGCUACGAGGAGAGCUACAUGGACCAGCUGCUCAAUGGCAUGGACGAGGAGCUGGAGAGCCAGGAGGAGCUGGACAAGAAGAGGGUCUGCCGCAUCAUCACCACCGACUUCCCUCUCUACUUUGUGGUCAUGUCCCGGAUUUGCCAGGACUGCGACAUGAUUGGCCCUGAGGGAGGGUGUUUGAAAAGCACGCUGGUGCCCAUGGUGCAGGCCACCUUCCCAGACGCCGCUGUCACCAAGAGAGUGAGGCUGGCCCUGCAGGCACAGCCUGUGCCCGAUGAGUUGGUGACCAAGCUGCUGGGGAACCAAGCGACCUUCAGCCCCAUUGUCACUGUGGAGCCACGGCGGAGGAAGUUCCACCGCCCCAUCGGCCUCCGGAUCCCGCUGCCGCCAUCCUGGAAGGACAAUCCCCGAGACAGCGGCGAGGGCGACACCACCAGCCUCCGUCUGCUCUGCAGUGUGAUCGGAGGGACAGCCCAAGCCCAGUGGGAAGACAUAACAGGCACCACAAAGCUAGUCUACGAAAAUGAGUGUGCUAAUUUUACCACCAAUGUGUCUGCCAGGUUCUGGCUGGCCGACUGCCCACGCACAGCUGAGGCCGUGCACUUUGCCACCAUGCUGUACAAGGAGCUGACAGCCGUGCCCUACAUGGCCAAAUUCGUGGUGUUUGCCAAGAUGAAUGACGCGCGGGAGGGCCGGCUGCGCUGCUACUGCAUGACUGAUGACAAGGUUGACAAGACUUUGGAGCAGCAUGAGAACUUCACUGAGGUGGCCCGCAGCAGGGACAUUGAGGUGGUGGAGGGAAUGCCUUUGCACGUGGAACUCUCAGGGAACCUGGUGCCUGUCAAGAAGGCUGCUCAGCCCCGUAGCUUCCUCUUCCAGUCCUUCCGGGAGAACCGUCUCGUCAUUCCCAUCAAGGUCAGGGACAGCAGCAGGGAAGCCAGCGGUUCCCUGUCCUUCUUGCGCAAGGCCAUGAAAUACGAGGACCUCCAGCACGUGCUCUGCCACCUGAACAUCAGCAUCCCACCCUGCAGCAAGGGAAGUGGCAGUGAUGAGCGAAGGAGGACACUGACCCCAUUGUCCCUGCGGGAGCGAUACAGCAUCCUAAGUGAGACCAGUUUUGGCUCUCUGAGCAGCACAGACAAGGCAGACCAGAAGAUGGUUGACAUAGCAGAGCAGCUGGGCCUCAGCUGGGCAGAGCUGGCACGUGAGCUGCAGUUUGGGGUGGAUGACAUCAACAGGAUACGUGUGGAGAACCCCAACUCCCUCCUGGAGCAGAGCAUUGCCUUACUCAACCUCUGGGCCAGCCGUGAGGGCAAGAAUGUCAAGAUUGAGAACCUGUACACGGCGCUGAGGAACAUCGACCGCAGCGAGAUCGUCAACAUGCUGGAGGGCUCGGGCCGGCAGAGCCGCAGCCUCAAGGGGAGCUGGCGCUACUCAGACAGAGACUACUCCCUCUCACCAUCCCAGAUGAAUGGUUACGCUUCACUGCAGGACGAGCUGCUGUCCCCUGCCUCCCUGCAUUACACACUGCCAUCCCCGCUGCGUGCCGACCAGUACUGGAAUGAGGUGGCCAUCAUGGAUGCUAUCCCCAUGGCUGCCACUGAGCAGGAUGCCCUGAUGGAGAUGUCCGACAUGCAGGUGUGGUCCUCGGGGCUCACCCCCUCGCUGGUGACUGCUGAGGACUCCUCUCUGGAGUGCAGCAAGGCUGAGGACUCGGAUGCCACGAGCGAAGGCCGCUUCCCAGGGCAGCUCCUAGCAGAUGCUCAUGGCCCAGACCACAUGGGCUCUAUGGACCUGGUUGAGGAUGACACAGUGGACUCAGAUGCCAUGAAUGGCCUGAUUGACCUUCUAGAGCAGGAGGAGGGGCAGAGGCCAGAGGGGAAGAUGCCAUCUGGUGAUCAUCACCCAGGGACUGGGGAGCAGGACCCGGAGAGUGAAGUCUCUUUUGUUUCAGUUCAGGAGAAGGUGCAAACCAGGAUCAUGACAUCACCUACCUUUAGCCAUGAUGUGGAGAAGAGUGCAGACAGGCUGAGGGACUGGAAUGCAGAAGGCUCCUUUAUCUCCUGCCUACAGGACCUGACAGCGGGCUCCUGGCAGGAGGGAGUCACCCGAAGGCUGCUCCCAACGCACGCCACAGCCUCUGGGGCGCAGGGCCAGCAGCAAGAGCAGGUCCUGGUGGCAGCCACGGAGCUGAUGAGGGUCAGCUCUGCGGAGGACAGCGCCUGGCAGCCCCAGCACCCCACGGGCGGCUGGCAGGAGGAGCCCCACAGCCGCUUCUUUGGGCAGGGGAAUGAAGCCCUUCAUCUGCCUGGAGAGCAGGUGACUGAGGAGCAGUUCACGGACGAUCAAGGCAAUAUCAUCACCAAGAAGAUUAUCCGGAAGGUGGUGCGCCAGCUGGGCCCUGGUGACAGGCAGGAGCAGGAGGAGCUGAUCCUGGAGGGCUCCCUGCAGGAGCCCCAAGACCUGGAGGCUGAGGAUGAUCACUUCAUGAAAUACUCCAUCCUGCACCGGGAUGGUCUGGGCGCCAAGGAUCACACCUCAACACCAAACCACUGAACUUCACCCACGUUCUGACACAUACCUGAGGAGAGAGGAGAGGAGAGCAGAGAGUGGAGGGGAGCAGGGCUGGCUGUACAUGUUUCUAUAGGCUAAUGGCAUGAUUCCUGUAUGAGAUAUACUUACCCUCCUAUCCGCAUGACUGACUGACUGCAAGACGCAUGAGCUACAGUACUUCAAACAGAUGAGGGGCCUCCAUCCUUGCCCCAGAGACAGCACCACACACCAGGGGCAUGCUCUCAGCUCCCUGGGGAGGCAAGAGCUGGAGCAGAAGAGAAGGAGAGGGAAGGAGAUUGCACCUCCGUGUGUAGAUGCAUCCCCAGGUGUGAGCUCCAGCUGCAGGAGGAAAGCUGGGACAGCAUGGCCCAGCUCAGCGUGGAAGGAGAGGUGCUUGGCCCCCCCUGCAAAUGCCUGUGCUGCCUCUGCUGGACUUGCUUCUCGUCCCUCCCCGUGAGUGUUGGGUUUUGGGGAGGGCAGCAGUGGCCGGAGGGUGCAAGGGGAGGCUGCAGGGAGCACGGCUGCCCUGGGCAGAGGGACUGCUGCAGGGCUGCCCUUCCUCUCCCCAGCACGUGCAAAGUCUCCCAUCAGGGCAGAGCACUGAGCUCGUUGCUUAUGUCGAAAGUGUAAACUGUACAGCAAUCAGCCUUGUGUAUAUGAACCAAUAAAUACUAUGCAAACCCCUAGGGACACUCUAGCAGUAUGUACAAAGCACUGACAGCUCUGCUCUCAUAUACCUCUUCAGGCUGCAGGGUGGGCAAAGCCUUUGGCAUAUUGGAGCAGGAAGGCUGUAGGAGUGAGAGGGCAGCAGCCUGCCCCUGUCCUGUGCCCCUCUGCCUGAGCCUGGCCCCUUCCUGGCCUGAAGAGGGGGGGCUAGAGGUGCAGUGCCAUGCCCCAGCCCCAGUUUGUGUUGGCUCCAGCUGGGUUGAAGCCGUAGAGCUGCGCUGAGGUGCUUGGGGCCCAGGGAGGACGUGCAGUGAGAGAGAGAGCGGGAGGUGCUUGUGCCACAACGUGGGGUUGUGCCUAGCUCUACUCAGCACAAUAUCUGCUCAGGAGAUGAGCCAGGAGCUAGCAAUAGCCAGCAGCUGUGCAAUAUGCACCCCAGGCAAGGGCUUUGCAGGGACCCUGGCCUCCCUGCAAGGGGGGGUAACAGCCCUGGAUCUGACUCUGCCGGGACCAAACCCAGAGCCACGGGAGCUGCUGCUGCCCCGGUGGCUGCAUUUUCUCCAGGUGGAAUCUGCCUGAGCCCUGGGGGCUGGGGCAGCCUCCAGGCUGCUCUCUGUGCUGGGCAGAGCUGCCCAGGCAGCUCAGAGCUGGGCAGGACAGUGACCCUGUUGUAAUACUUGACCCCAGGAGAGCAGGGAGAAGGUAGUGGCACUUGCUCCCAGGUCCCUGCCCCCAGCUGAUGCGGGGACCUGGCCCUUUGUAGCACAGUGAUGUGGGGACCCCCUGCUCUUUCUCCUGGAAGAGGCCACGGCCCUGCUUUGCAGAGUCCGAGUUUGUUCUCUGUGGCCAGGUGCAGAACAGGCGCCCCUCCAGCUUCAGGCUCCGUGCUGGUGGCCUUGGCAGGGCAGCCCUGCCUUUCAGUGGGUGCACAUCUGCUGGGAGAGCCCCUGGCUGCCCUGCAAGCCUCGCUGCAGCCAAGCCACUGACCCAGCUUAGCCUCGGAGAGCAAAGCAGUCCCCUCCCCGCCCCGAAGCUGAGCCAUACAGGCACAGACUCUCCAUCCAUCACCCUCGCUGCGUACAAUAACCUCCCUAGACCCACUGCAGCAGCUGACUCCGUAGCAUCACCCUAGAGUUGUGUGUGGGUCCAGUGCUUUGGCCUUGUGUAUGCCGUAGGGAAUGUGCUGUGCUGCAACCGUGCCAGGCACCUGCAGUGACAUUGCUUCGCGCUCAGAUUGCUUGUAGGGCUGGUAGGGGGAGGCUGCACCCGACAUUGAGCCUAGAGAAUGCUGCAGUCUGCACACUAGAAGCUUUUUAGAAGUUUUAAAGAUUACUUUUAUUUUCUUUUUUUAAUUGUUAUGGAAACAAGCCUUUUGGAUCUCCCUGUCUUAGGCCCCUGAUGUAUAGAUCAUUUCCCUGUACACCAGCUAUCAGAAUAUGAAUUAAUAAAGAAAUCAACACAAA